ACACCAGACGGUAGGGUUAUUUCUUGCAAUGCCGAGGCCUCUAGUGCCACCUUAAACUAGACUGAAGGUUGGUUUAAAAGCUGUGGAACAUGGCGAGAGGUUGGCGAUGUCUUCUAGCAGCGACGGUGUUGAGUUGGACGUUUGUGCUGGCGACGUCUGUGUCCGAAACCGGAACACAGCCUGUGUCUGCCGUCCACGCCAACUUCUCUCUCACCUACAACGGGACCGUGGGGUCAGGAGGCGAGGUCACCUAUAUAUUCACCUACCAAGAACCGCCAAACACGACGGAGGCGGUACGUCUGCACGUGACGAGCCCUGACGCCACGGAGUCGCACCCGCUGCUGGUGGUGGUGCGGCAGGAGGACGGCAUCCUGUCCUGGCAGAUCCCGCUCAGGGUGGAGGACUACUAUCUCUUUAACGAGAUCGAGCGCACGCUGUGUCCAGCGGAGGUGGAAGAAAACCAACUGCAAGCUGACGUCAGCAAGACCGUUUACGUACAACUGACGUCAUCAGCUGCUGCGAACGUGUCAUACUCGCUCAUGGUGACCAAAGUGGUUGAUUUCGACUUCAGGUACAAUAACACGAUGGAUAUCGAGGUGUCCCCCGCAGAGCCCCAGUACUUCAGCUUCAGCUUCCCUGACCAGGUGGACACCGUAGUUGUCAGGGCAACGUCACAAAACAACGAAAAGUGUUCCGUACUCUCCCUGCAGAGAGCAAAGUGCCCGGUUUAUGACCUGGACAGCAACAUCGAGUUCUCGGGAAUUUUUCAAACCUUCACCAGUUCAGCUGCCAUUACUGUACAGAGGGAACAUUUUCCGGACGGGAAGUUCUACCUGGUUGUCGGGGUGAAGCCGAUAGAGUUCGAGUGUACCGGGAAGGCUUCAAUGAUACAACCGAUCACAGGCAGAAUGGACAGACAGCCGUCCAUGAAGGAAGUCACGAUUCACGUGGAGGAAACGCUCACAGAAGCUGACUUCGUGACCGCUGUCCUGGCCGCCCUGGCCAUCUUCGGACUGUUCUACGUGGUUUCAGGACUGGUCAUUCUGGGCACGUGGUUCAGGGACAGUAGGAAUGGGAACCUGGACCGGGAGAUGGAGUCGAUUGAAGACAGUUUUCCACCAGAAAACAAGUCUCUUACCGAAAAUGGAAAAUCAUCGUACGGUGCAACAGGAGACGAGGAGCACUCCGACGGGAAACAACGAGAGACCACUCCGAAAGACACCGACGCCGAAACCCCGAGGAAAGAGUCCGUGGACAUCAGCACCUAUGACACUCUUGACGACAUCGACACAGAGAAGGAGAUAUACAGAACAAAGCGAGUCCUGUAUGUUGCCGACUUGGCUCGAAAGGAGGAUAAGAGGCUGAGUAAGAAGUUCAGGCUGUACAACAGGAAUCUCAUCACCAUUGCAGUGUUCUAUGCUCUUCCCGUGAUGCAGUUGGUCUUCACGUACCAAGUCAUGAUGAACAGGACAGGUGACCAGGAUCUCUGCUACUACAACUUCCUCUGCAUCCAUCCUUACGGCGUUCUCUCGGCUUUUAACAACGUCUGGAGCAACAUCGGCUUCGUCAUGCUGGGGUUUCUGCUCAUGCUACUCGUCUACAGAAGAGACAGAAUGCACAAAAAGCAAGUCGAGACUGGAGGAAUACAUGCAAAGCUGGCACAGGAGUAUGGUCUCCCCAAGCAUUUUGGUCUGUACUAUGCAAUAGCCCUUGCACUAGUCAUGGAGGGAAUCAUGAGCGCCUGCUACCACGUGUGUCCCAACUACAGCAACUUCCAGUUCGACACCUCGUUCAUGUACAUUAUCGGCGGGUUGGGCAUGCUGAAGCUGUACCAGAAGCGGCACCCUGACGUCAACCCGAACGCCUACGCCGCCUACAUGUUCUUCGCUGGCGUCAUCUUCAUGGCUGUCAUCGGAGUGGUUUACGGCACGAAGGCCUUCUGGGGCCUGUUCACGUUUGUGUACAUCCUCGCCACACUGUUCCUCAACAUGGAGCUCUACUACAUGGGCAGGUGGUCAUUCGAUCUGAAGGUGUUCAAACGCGCUUACGUCAUGCUGAGAACAGACUAUCUCCAGUGUACAGACUGCAAGCCCAUGUACACGAGUAGGUUUGUCCUACUGACCAUAGGGAAUCUGGUGAACUUGGCAUUAGCCCUAGCUGGUGCCAUUUACCAGCCUCAGGACUUCGCGUCUUUCCUGCUCGGUAUUGUCAUCUCCAACCUACUCAUCUACUUCGGCUUCUACAUCAUCAUGAAGAUCAUAAGCGGUGAGAAGAUCCGGUUCUUGACGUGUCUGCUCAUUUUACAAAGUGCUGCUGUGUGGGCUGCUGCUCUCUACUUCUUCUUAGAAGCCAACACGUCUUGGCAGAAAAUGCCUGCAGAGUCCCGUGCUCAGAACAGACCCUGCGUGCUGCUGGGAUUUUACGACACUCACGACAUCUGGCACUUUCUCUCCGCCGUCAGCCUCUUCUGUUCCUUCAUUGUCCUGCUGGUACUGGACGACGAUCUUGACUAUGUAAGACGGGACCAAAUCGCUGUGUUCUAAGUUCGGAGUGCCAUUCGAUUUUAGCUGGAAUUUUAAACAAUAUAUGUACAAAUGCCAAAGUUAAUAA